AUGGAGGAUCAUUUGAGGCACUUGCGGGUUGUCCUAGAGUUACAAAAGAAUCACAAGUUGAUUGUUAAUUUGAAGAAAUGUGCAUUCAGACAAGAUCGUAUAGACUAUUUGGGUCAUAUUGUGUCAGCAGGAGAAGUCAAAGCUGACUGUAAAAAAUUUCAGGCGACGCAAGAUUGGCCUGCUCUGAAGGAUUUAAGUGAACUCAGGGGUUUUUUAGGCUUAAUAGGCUAUUAUAGGCACAUUGUAAAGGGGUACGGGAAGAUUGCAGAGUCCUUCACUAGCUUAUUAAAAAAGGACGCUUUUGUGUGGAAUGAAGAAGCUGCAGAGGCUUUCAACAGGUUGAAAAAAGCAAGGACGAUGGUUCCCGUGCUUACGCUGCAUGAUUUUUUGGGAGAGUUCGUUGUUCAGACUGAUUCUUCAGGUUUAGGUGUAAAGUUUGUAUUAAUGCGAGAUGACUGUCCCAUUUCUUUCAUGAGUAAGGCGUUGUCUGUCAGAAACCAAAGCAAACUGGUAUAUGAAAGGGAGCUGAUGGCCAUUGUUAUGGCAUUCUAA